CCUGCGAUAGCAAACUUGUUUAGUUUUUUUUUGCUUUACAUUCUUGAUGUCAUUUUGUAAUUUGCCGUGUUUAACUGAAUAUCAGAUGAAUAUAACAACAAACCUUUUGAUACAUCUCCCAUACUGCAGUGCAUCACAGUGCACACGAAACUUUUUAGCGGGCCUUGAGGACGAGGGGGGUGGGGGGGAGGACUAUUUAAGCCAGCCUCCAGUUCUUCAACCUCCUGCUUUUGACACAGCAGUGGUAGGGAUGACCAGGUGGAAUUUGUGCCAUGGCUCCUCUGCGAGCUACCUGGAAAAAGUGAUGGCAGCGGGCGUCUGCAGAAGAAGAAGCAGCAGCAGCAGCAGCAUGCCGAUGGUUAGACAGGCGUUCCCGGAGAACAGCAGCAUCAUCAAACCUUACAGCGAGAUCCCCGGGUUAUGGAAAAAUGGCAUCGCCAACUUGUACAAUUUCUGGAAGCUGGAUGGCUUCAGAAACCUUCACCGAAUCAUGCUGCAGAAUUUUAAUACUUUUGGACCCAUUUACAGAGAAAAAGUAGGAUAUUACGAAAGUGUGAAUAUCAUCAACCCAGAAGACGCAGCUAUCCUGUUCAAAGCAGAAGGUUCAUACCCGAAAAGACUGAAAGUGGAAGCCUGGACCUCAUACAGAGACUACAGGAAUCGGAAAUAUGGAGUUUUACUCAAGAACGGGCCAGAGUGGAGGUCAAACCGGGUCAUCCUCAAUAAGGAGGUGAUCUCCCCGAAGAUGCAGGGGAACUUUGUGCCCUUGCUGGACGAAGUGGGUCAUGACUUUGUGGCCAGAGUUCACAAGAAGAUAGAACGAAGCGGACAGAACAAAUGGACCGCGGACCUCUCCCAAGAGCUCUUCAAAUAUGCUCUGGAGUCGGUGAGUACAGUUCUAUACGGGGAGCGUCUGGGCCUGAUGCUGGACUACAUCGAUCCGGAGGUUCAACAUUUCAUCGACUCCAUCACCCUCAUGUUCAAGACAACCUCGCCCAUGUUGUACAUACCUCCGGCUCUACUCAGGGCGAUCCGAGCCAAAGUGUGGCUGGACCACGUUCAGGCUUGGGAUGCAAUCUUUAACCAAGCUGACCGCUGCAUCCAGAACAUCUACAGGCAGUUACGCCAGGAGACUGGUCAUAGCAAAAAAUACCCAGGAGUUCUGGCCAGCCUUCUCAUGUUGGACAAGCUGUCCAUCGAAGACAUCAAGGCCAGUGUGACUGAGCUAAUGGCUGGGGGAGUCGAUACGACUUCCAUCACAUUGCUCUGGACAUUGUAUGAGCUGGCCAGACAUCCAAACCUUCAGGAGGAGCUGAGGGCUGAGGUGUUGUCUGCCAGGGCACAAAGCCAAGGGGACAUGAUGGAAAUGCUGAAGAAUAUUCCUUUGGUCAAAGGAGCUCUGAAGGAAACACUAAGGUUGCAUCCAGUGGCAGUGAGCUUGCAAAGAUACACAGCGGAGGACAUCAUUAUUCAGAAAUACCACAUUCCAGCCGGGACCUUGGUGCAGUUAGGGCUCUACGCGAUGGGGAGAGACCCCAAGGUGUUUCAUCGUCCGGAGCAAUAUCAACCCUCUCGCUGGCUGAGGAGUGAGAGCCAAUACUUCCGCAGCCUGAGCUUCGGCUUCGGCCCUCGCCAAUGUAUAGGACGCAGAAUAGCCGAGACGGAGAUGCAGAUCUUUCUCAUCCAUAUGCUUGAGAACUUCCGAGUGGAGAAAGAGCGACACGUGAAUGCGCAGAGCACAUUUGAGCUCAUUCUCCUACCAGACAAGCCCAUCGUAUUAACUCUGAAGCCCCUGCAGAGUAGUCGAUAACAUACUUGUUGAUAAUUAGCACUUCUAUAAAGGCAUUUCAAAGUGAACUCAGGAAUUUAACAAGUGCCCAUAUGUACCAUAUGUACUGUGAGAAUUAAAAACAAACAGAAAUUUCAUUUCAUGUAUGCUCUGCACACACAUGGAAUAUUAUUCUCAUAAUACGGAUUCUCGCAUCUCAAUGACUGCCAUUUUUUUUUCCUGUACUAUUUCGGUUAUAUUUGAGUUACGUGUUUGAAAUAUUUUCCCCCUUUUAUGUCGCUAAAAACGGUAUCCAAAAUAUUAGAGACAGCUUUAAUGUUCCGUCAGCAAGUGUAUAUGCAAUUGCUCAACAUGUCAAUACAUGAAAUAUAUCUUGAAGCUCGGUUGCUUCUCUACUCCGAUGCCAGAAACGACAGAAGGUCACAUUGUGUCCUUCAGGAGAUAAGAGAUGUUCUAUCCACAAAGCCUAUCAGUGGGGUCCAUGGUCAGAAAUGAGACGAUCAAAUAACUGCGUGUGGAUAGACACAAAGAUGAGCAAACACUCCAGGAAACCACAUGGCUCAUUUCUUUCUGCAUUAUAAUAAAUAACGUGAGUUCCUAUGUCUACCGCAAACCAUCGAAUUUCUUCCCAGCUGAGCAUUUAUAAUAAUGUGCAUAGUUUUAUAACUACCAAUCGUCACCGCUAGGUGUCUCUUUCACCCUAUCUGACAAUAAAGCUAC